GGCGGUGUUGCUGUUUUGCAGAGAAACGGAAACUGUUGACCUCGGGCCCUGCGAGAGCUGUACGCGUCGUAAUGCUGUGCGUGAGGGUAGUUCAGGAAAAGGCACGGAUCUUAGACCGAAAUCCGAAGUUAGUGUACCCAGAUAUUGUCGGCAGCUGGUGCGGUGGUGUACAUACACCCCAAAAAGCCAGAGCUUUUUUGUGUGUGCCGUCGGAUAUCAGGACAUCGUGGAUUCUUCACAUUCUCUGAAUCCAUGUGCAGUUUCCGCCUAGUUUCCUCAUGUGCCUUCAGCAGCUUACCACUUUCUUUCCGUGUACUGGUCGUCUGCUUUUCUGCUGACUGUGUUAUCUGCGGUCGUCUUCCUCGGAUCUCCUCUUGUCUUCACCUCAGCGUGUACGAUGCUCAGGGACCCCCGUCUCUAUCACGCCAGGCAGAAGUGUUAAUCUCUGGAUCUGAAUGCUCGUUUCGAAGGAGGCAUUUUCGAAAUGUGCUAGUUGACGUCCUGUACUGUUUUUAGUAUCGUGGUGUGCUGUUGUUUUCACCAGUAGCCGUCAGGUUCAAGCCGUAUCUGAGUGACAAUCGAGGAGGCUGAAGUCUUAAAACCGGGUCUUCCAUUUCGUCUGACCCAUAGAAUCCAGAGGUCUCCCUCUUUGUUUUUCCCCCAUUCAGUUGUUUCCCCCGUUUUUGGGAUGUUGUUGAUAUGCAUAGUUCCUCUUUACGCGUCGCUUCCGUCUGUUUCUCGAUAUUGGCGUUUUGUUGCCGCUGUUACACCCCGUCCGUAAGUAGAGUAAUUUGGACUCCUCGUGGAACUCUUCCAACAAGCAAGCACCCUUCCAGCUUGAUAUAUCGUCACCAGUAUUUUCGGUGGCCCUUCACUGACUUUCGCCAGACAGAAACAUGGCACUGAAGGAGGUGUGCCGGAGUGCUUGUAUUGCGUGGGGGCCGCCCACACGAGGGCCUGCCCACACAAAAUGUGCGGCGUCGCAGGAAGAAAAAUCUACCAGUUCUGGGUCCUCUCUACAGAGCCACCAGCUGUACUUAGCCCUGGGCACGAUGGGCCUCGAUCCACACCUUGAACUGGCCACCGUCGACUUCGCCUCUUCUUCCACGGCGCUGCCUGUCGUGGCUUCCGUGUCCGCCUCUUCACCCUUUCAGUGCAUCGCGUGGGGAAGCAGUGGCCAGAAUAAACUUGCAGGAGUCGCUGGAGAACACGGGAAUGGAGUGGGUGUUGGCGAACGUGCUCUGGGGCUUCUUGCGGGUGGCAUGGCAGAUGGAGACGUCACCCUUUGGGAUGCUGAGGCCAUCUUACGUUCGGGCUCGCCAUCCGGAUCCGAGUUAUCGUCUUUCGGGAGCGCGAAUGGUACCGGCGAAGCGUCCGGUUCUGCCAAAGGCCUCCUUGCUUCGGUGCCUGUACACCGGAAUCAGCGGGUCCACUGCAUCCACUUCAAUCCGUCACGGCCGUCACUUCUCGCGGCGGGAGGCAGCAGCGGGAGUGUGUCCAUCCUCGAUGUCGAAAAUGUCUACGACGUCGCGGUCUAUGAGCCCGGCGGAGAAGGCCAGGGUUCCAACAGUGGAGCAUCUGGCGAUGAGUGCACAUCCCUCGCCUGGAACCGCGUCGUGCCUCACGUCCUCGCCACUGCGUUUAGUUCAGGCACCACUUCCGUGUGGGAUCUGAAGCAGCGAAAGACUGCUGUCAGCUUUUGCGACCCCACACAUCGUCAAAGCCGCCCCAGCUCGGUCGUUUGGCUGCCGAAUCAGGCGACGCAACUUCUGCUCGCGUACGACGACGACAGGCACCCCGUUCUCCAGCUGUGGGAUUUGAGGAACUCUUCUUACCCUUUGCGUGAGACAGCCUCCGACGGCGUGUAUGGACACACGCGGGGGAUCGUCAACGCCGCUCUGAACCCGAUGGAUAGUCGCAUGCUGCUAACCAGCGGCCGCGACAAUCGCAUUGUGUGUUGGUGGCUGGAGGAAGACGCCUUUCACACGCAAGGCGGGCAGAGCCACCCUAGUAGCGGCUUCAGCGUUUACAUGCAGCAACAGACUCAGGAGCCGUAUGUGCAGCUGCAGUGGGCUCCGUCGUCGACGCCCGGCGUGUUUGCCGCUGCGGCCCCAAUCCGCGUGUGCAUCAAAGGCCUAGGCAGUGGAGGCGUCUCAACUGGGGAUUCUGGGUUGCCCGGCCAGCAGCAGCAGGGCCUUGCGGGAGGCGCGGCCGAGGGCGGAUGGAUGAUGGGACCUGCGCACGACAAAUACAUCCCUUCGUGGUUCAGGCGCCCUCGAGGAGUUCAUGUAGGAUUCGGGGAGGACAUCGCCUUCUUCGGACCCGACAGCACUUCGGUGGUUUGCGCGGCCUUGGGUGUGCCGCCUCCUGUCGUGGCGUCUGCGACGGGGUCUGCUGAAGCGGAGGCGUCUUUGAGAGAAGAAGAACGCGAACUCCUUGGACAGCAUGGAGAGUGGAGAGAAGAAGAGAAAGAACUCCAGCAAGAGGCUCUCAAACUCGACGAUCAUCUGCAGCGCGGAGACUGGCACCAGGCGUGUGAAGAGGAGCUACGGAGACUGAGGGACAAGUCUGACGUCGCGGAGACAGAGCAGAAGAUGCCGGAGAAAGUGUGGAAUCUCCUCAUGAGGCUCUUCCAACAGCCGCGCUCGUCUGCCCUCGUGGAGGCCUUCACACUGCCUGAGAGCGAAGUAGUCAAGCGUGUCGAGGCCUUUCUGGGGCGCCCUUUGCCCUUGAAGAAGAAAGAAACGGAAAGCCAGCAGAUGCAGAGCAGCGUGGCCGCCUACCCUCAGCCGGGUCCGAUGUCUCCUGCUGCUGCUCCGACCUACGGACAUCCCGGUGUCGCCCCGCCAGGCUCGUAUUUAAGGCCUUCGGCGUAUCCACAGCAGCAGCCUCUGUCAAGUGGAUCCCCUAUCUACGGCGGCAACCAAGUGGGCCCUGGGGGCAUGCAGGCGGCUCUCCCUGCCGUGGGCGCGAACGUUGGGAGCGUGGCUCAGGGCAACGGUUUCUACGGCGCGCCACAAGUCAAUGGAGUCGAGCCGCAGCAGGCCUUCCGCCAGGAGGAAGUCGACCCAGAGAAGUUCUUUCUUCAACUCAGCUCGGGGCCUGAGAACGAGAAGCGACCGUGUGCAGGCGAAGGGCGAGAAAGCUCAGCGGGACGAGAAGGAGAGGAAGACGGGCGGCUCUCUUCUCAGCAAGGUGGAGAGGCCGAGCGGGCCAAGAGCGCUGAGGAAGUCGAGUCUGAGAAGGCAGGCCAGAAGCUGUGCACCUCGCGCCUGGGCUCCUCCCAGAGUGGCCCGGUUGACUGGAGCUCCGAGGUGGGCUCUCUCGUGCGCGCGUGCCUAUUGUGCGGUUGUCUGGAAGGAGCCAUUGAGCUGCUUCAGAGCUACGGGAGCGAAGCAGACGCUCUUCUCCUGGCGGCGGCUGCGGCCGGUGCAGGGUCCUCCGCGACUCAGGGAAGCCGAGCGAGUUUCGCAGCCGUGGCAGGCGCAAAUGGGGCUUCUCUGUGGCGCUCUGCGUGUCGCGCGUACAUCGAGAAGAUAGCCGAUCCGUUCAUGAAGCUCGUGGGGUACGUGAUACUGGAGGACUUCCCGGCCCUGAUUGCGGCGGUCCCGGUCUCCGCACCCCACUCCUCCGAGCCGUGGCGCGACGCCCUUGCCCUGCUGUGCUGCUACGUAACUGACGGAACGCAGUUAGCGAGCCUGUGCCGCCAGCUAGGUGACCGGCUUAGCGCCAACGGCUCCGACGUCUUCGGUGCGCUCUUCUGCUACUUCUGUGCGGGGGACUUCUCCGGUGCUUGCCGCAUUUGGAGACAGGAUCUCCAGCGCUGUCUGAGUGGCAAAGCAGGGGCGUUUGAGCAUGCAGAGAAGCCGACGCGCAGCCGGAGUGUCUGGCUCGGACGCCACUUACUCGCCACGAUGAAACGCAUGCUCAUUUUGAGGGCGGCCCUUCGCUACGGGGAGCCCUGCGUCGAGUUCGAGGAAGUCGCUGUGACGUACGCCUCCUACCUGUCGUCCGACCCGGCGCUAUUCGUCCCCGCGAUGCGGCUCCUCGUCUCCACAUGUGGCGUGGGUGCGAUGGCGGCAGGCGCCCGUGGAGUCCAAGGCGAGCUAAAGGGACACCCGGGCGCCGCAGGCGCGUCGGACGUCCGCGCAGCUGCGGCGACCCUCGCCUUCCGCCUCUUCCACGCGCAGGCUGAACAAAUGCAGCGUUUCGGCUUCUUCCCGCCCCCCUCGCCCUUCGAGGGCAAACUCGCCCCAGGGGCCCCGGGCCUCAAGCAGCCGGCACGAGCUUCCGGCGCUGCAGCUCCGGAGCCGCAGGUCGGGCUCCACGGCGAUCCGUCUCUGAGUCAGCGCCAGGCACAGCCCCCGAUGACGGGAGGACAGAGAGGAUCCGUCGCCUCUGUGGGGUCGGCUGUUGACAACCGAUUCCCCUCCUUCCCGCCGAAAGGCACCGGACCCCAGGCCCCGCCUCCGAUCCAUCCCGGAGUGCAGCCGCCCUCAGCAGACCAGCACCGUAUAGCAAACCCGGUGGGAAUGGGUCCUUCCCCGCCAGCAGCUCCCUUCCAUCAGAUGAAUGGCUACGGCGGAGUGUCGCCGCCUGCGGCCGAAGGCGGCCCGGUGCAUCCUCCGUCGUCAGCGUUUGGCGCGACAGGUCAGCCUGCUGUCCGUCCUCCCCUCGCUUCCAAGCCGCCACCAGUGUCCUCGCCCUUCUAUCAGGGAGCGCCUUCAACCACUUCUCAACCCUCAGCAGGGCCGAUGCCGCCGGCUGCGAGCCAGCCGCCCCAGGGCCCGUACCCGCCGGCCCACCCUUCGAAUGCCGGUGUGGCUCCGCCGUGCCCCACGUCGCAGGGCCCAAUGCCUCCGUCCCAUGGAGUGUCUCCUUUGGGAGGGCCGGCGCCUCCGGCUGGAGGCCUCUCGCACGUGCACCCGGGCUCGUCUCCGUCUCCACCGCCUCCGCAGAUGACGCUGCCGCAAGCGAGCCACGGGACGUUCCCGCCGUCGGGCCUCCAGCAAGGCAGAGUGCCUCAGGGGCCACCUGGCCCGUUCGAGGGAUCUGGAAACCCGCAGGGCGGCUUCGGCAGUUUGACUGGGACACAACAGCUGCCGCUGCCGCCGCCUUCGAUGGGAUCCGCUGGCGGUGUGCCGACUCUGCAGCAGCAGCAAGCUGAAGAACAGCCAAUCCCUGCCUACUCGGCUCCCACGGUCGGCGCGCAGCCUAUCAAGCCUGGGAUGCCUGUUCCCUGGCCCAUUCCUACGUCUGCUCAGCUGAACUCGAGAACCACAAAAAGCACUUACGCGGCGAAUGUUAAUAUUCAUAAAGCGACGGAGAAGCCCGAUGGUGCAGGCGCGCUGUCGCCACCAAUGCCGCCAGAGAAACAGGCUUACGUACAACGAGUCAUUUCUCAGUUGCUGCAGUUCCAGACAGGCGCAGCCGCAAACGAUUUGAACCAGAAAAUGGAGGAGCUCUUCAACAAGAUGCGAUCCGGAGAGCUGAGCAGCUCUGCUAGUCAGCGUUUGGUGCAGCUGUGCGAACUGGUGGAACAGCAACAACACAUCCAAGCUCAGAAGGUGCAUGCGGAGCUUUCCUCUACUGAAUGGGGCACCAGCAACAAGGGUUGGCUCAUGGGCUUGAAAAGACUGCUUCCGAAACCCUGAGGAUUCCAAGUCUCUCAAUGUGUGGAGAGUCCGUUGAAAGCAACGUUCCCGUUGUGUAUGUCACUUUGCAGCACCGGCUACCGUCCCGAAAUCGGCCGCUAAGACGUGAAAGAGUUGAGUACAUUUUCGGUUGUAUUCUAUCUUCAUAGAGAUGCGACCUACAGUCUUUAGACAAGAAGACCCUUCUUUCGUGUGUACGUUCUCGAGUUUUGAUGCUUCGGGCAAAGCCGUAGGGGCCUUUUCGAGGCUGUUCUGCUACAAGCACUUGAUCGUUUCGUGGACGUCUUGCGGCAUGUGUCCAUUUCACUUCUUGUUGGGCGAUGCGCGCACCGUUAGUGUGUGAAACCACUGUCAUUUGUAAUUGAAUUCGUUUAAUGUCAGUGAGAAAUUCGGUGUUCUAGCAUAACGAUUUUCUCUCUCGUGCUUGAUUCAAGUGUGAGCGACCCCUGGUGCCAAAGAGCAACGAGUGCUUUCGAUAAAGGUUUAGGCCGAAGAAAGGAGAGAUUAGGCCCAUGCGCUAACUCUGGUCGCCUUCGUGUGGCAGGGAAACGUUUCUACUAAAUGAACUUUCCUUAAAGUUCGGGUGAAGUUCCG